CGUCGCAACUUCUCAUGCUACUACUCCCUGAAGCGUCAUUUCCAGGAUAAACACGAGCAAUCGUACACCCUCCACGUUUGCGAGUUCUGCAACCGCAGGUACCGCACCAAGAACUCGCUCACGACGCACAAGAGCCUCCAGCAUCGUGGCUCGAGCGGUAUGCUCAAGAGGCUGCUCAAGACCACGGCGAUCAAGAAUGUUCUAGGCAGCAUGCAGCAGGCACAGAUGCAGCAGCAGCCGCAAUGAAAAUGUCGGAACCGUCUUACAGUCUCCCCGUCCCGGACACUCUGCAUCCUCGUCGUCGGCCACCGCAACA